AUGCGUGCUUUUAUUGGGUGUACAUCACUCAAAACAAUUAAAUUCGGGAAUAAUCUGAAAACAAUAUAUACUCAUGCUUUUUACGGCUGCACAAGUAUUGAAACAAUUGAAUUUUCUGAAUGCGAAAACGCAACAAUCAAAGAAUAUGCUUUUUCUGAUUGUAAGAAUCUCAAAAAUAUUAUUUUCUCAAACAAUGUUACAUUGAUUCAAGAUUCAAGUUUCUUAAAUUGUUUGUCAUUGAGAGAAGUUGUUUUCCCAUCUUCAUUAGAGAAUGUUGAUAGGUCUGCCUUUUACAACACAGGAAUAACGAAUAUCACAUUCCCUGCUGACAGUAAACUUAAAUCUAUUGGCAUGGGCUGCUUCAGCAAAUGUGUUAAUCUUUCAUACAUCACACUUCCUCCAUAUGUCAAAGAGAUUGGAUCUAAUUGCUUCGAGAACACUAACAUCACAACAUUCACAGUUCCAAAUCAAACAGAGUACAUGUCAGACUACGUCUUCAAAGGGUGCAAAAAUCUCGCCAAGUUAACAAUUCCUGAAGACUGCUCUCUUCAAAGCAUUGGAAAUUUGUUCUUCGAAGGAUGUUCAUCUCUCUCAGUCAUCGAGUGUCCACGAAGUGACUACUUCACAGCUGAUGUCGGCGCUCUUUACAACAAGUCAAAGACAAUCCUCUUCUGCUUCCCACCAGCUUCAAAGAUAAAGUUCUUCAAUCUCCCACAGACACUUCGUACUAUAUCUUUAGGCGCAUUCAUGGGAUGCAGAAAUCUCAUCAGCAUCUCUAUCCCAGACGACUCUGUUACGAACAUCAAACAAUAUGCGUUUGCGAACUGUUCUUCACUGACCACUAUCAACAUCCCUAAGUGUGUCACUAACGUCGAGAGUUCUCUCUUCUUCGGGUGUGAUCAUCUCCGAUGUGGUGUCAUCAUCGAGAAUCGAACAAUGUCAUUCAUUCGUAAAAUCAUAUCAGAAUGUCUUCUCAACCCUAAAGCUAUAUACUCAUGUGACUUCCUUACAUGUCAAUGCAGAGUUAUCAACGCAGAAAUCACACCAUCACUUCUCUAUGCAUUCACUGUUAUUCUGUAUUUUGGACUAUUUUAA